UGUGUUGCCCACGGGAGGUCUGCAUUGGGACCUGAGUGGCUUCCAGACACUUUUCCAACAGAAUCGCCUGGGUGGACUCGUCUCCAUUCUCCUCACCUGCCAGCAAGCCCAGGGGACAGCGCUGGUGUUGGAGGGACACACAGGGAUGGAAACACAAUUCUGAUCUCCGAGCUGGGUUAUCAGCACAGAGGAGGUGACGGCUGAUUUUAUCAUGGGAGCAAAGUCCAGCUCGCAAAAGAAAACUCAGGAAAAAGCAAAAGACAGAAAUAGAGGUUCCUGGAUCAGUUCAUCUCACCCUCAUGGAUUGGAUGCACAAACCAGGAUGUCGUCACCGCCUCAUCCCCAAGUCUCUUCAGGCCCAGGCCCCGGCAGCCACUGCCCUGGGACAUCUGAGCUGAGGAUUGUUCUUGUUGGGAGAACUGGAUGUGGGAAAAGUGCAACAGGAAACAGCAUCCUGGGUGAGACAUGUUUCGAAUCUAAAAUUGCAGCCCAGUCUGUAACAAAACAAUGUACUAAGAAGCAGAGAGACUGGAAUGGCCGGAGCCUCGUGUUAGUUGAUACUCCCGGUUUGUUUGACACAAAAAUUCCUUUACUGGAAACCAUGCAGGAGAUUGGGCGCUGUGUGGUUGUCUCCUCCCCAGGUCCCCACGCCAUCGUUCUGGUCAUGCAGCUGGGGCGUUUCACGGCAUUAGAGAAGGCAACAGUUGCUCGAAUACAAGACAUUUUUGGGAAGGAGGCCAUUCACUAUAUUAUCUUCUUGUUCACCAGAAAAGAUGAUUUAGAGGAUGAGACUUUAGAGGGGUAUUUAAAAAAACUAGAAGACAAAGAUCUUGAGGAGCUGAUGGCCAAGUGUGGAACCCGAUAUUGUGCUUUCAACAACAAAGCAAAAGAAGAGGAGCAAAAAGACCAGGUCUCAGAGCUGGUGGGAAUAAUUGAUCGGAUGGUCCAGCAGAACAGAGGCUCACAUUACACGAAUGAGAUGUACAAAUAUGCAGAGAGGAAACUUGCAGAAAGCAUAGAAGAGCUCAAGAGAGCCCAUGCUGAAAAGGUGGAAAGAGAAAAACAAGAAAAAAGAUCUCAGUAUGACCAAAAACAUAAAACUGUGGAAACUGAAGAAACAGAAGAAAUCAAGAAGGGCCACCAGGAAUCUCUGCGUAACCUCAGGGAAGAAGCUGAGAAGGAUGAUUCUCUAAUACAACUGAUUUUAAUACAAUUUGCAAACAUAUUUUCAAAAAUCAAAACCUGGUUUAAAUGAUGUUGGGCAAGUAACUGUAAUUUCUCCUUGCCUUAUUGCUGUGACUCUUUUUCGAUAGCUUUGAAUGGGUUUCAGUUCCCUGUAAACCUUUUAGGUCUUUUAUGUUUUCCACACAGUAGGUCAUAUUUCAUCACCAUUUCAGUCAUCCUCCUACUCCCAUCUGGAGUGGCAGGAAAAUUAGGCUAAUGCAUUAGAUUAAUUUUGAUAAUUACUGGUUGUAAAUACCAAUUUUACUCAAGAGCCAUUUAUAGAAACCAGGAUCUAUUCCCCAAAACACUCUUCAUUCUCAAGGGUUUGAAUAGUUUAGGUAAACUGAGGCUCCAAGCUGUGUACAGCCUUUGCA